CACUCUUCACUGCUCCCUGGGGGCUGGAACUCUGUAGACAAACAUUAACUUUGGGAUAGACACUGUUUAUCUAUGUUCUAUUCCUUCUAUUUUCACUGCAUCUACCAUUUGAUCAACAUGAAAUCAUCUCUGACUCUACUGUGUCUGGUGGUAUGGGUGAAUGUGGAUGCUUCAUCAGCUCAGACUGAAGUGAAAUGUAAUGUAUCAUUGCCACCAACAAGAGGAACCAGUUACACACCUGCUGACAGAAAUCUGUUCUUGCCUGAUGAACGUGUAACGGUGACCUGUGACUCAGGAUUCUGGAACUUUUUCUCACGUCAGACUGAAAAUACAAUAACAUGCAAAGAGGACGGAAAGUGGUCAUCUUCUACAACAGAUUGUGAACAAAUAGAGGGAGCAUGUAUCAACCCAACUGUGAUGAAUGGAUUCCUAGUUCAGUCAAAUGAGAGGAAUGUUGAUCCCAGGAAAAGCAAGAUAUACUUUUCCUGCAAUGAAGGGUUCAAACCCUCUACCGGGGGUUGGUGGGGUGAAGCCACAUGUACUGAGGGAACAUGGUCUGGAAUAGUAGAGUGUAUUGAUAAAUCACAAUGUGGCAGAAUCCCUGUCAUUCCCAACACAAGAAAGGUACCUCACAGUGAAGUCUAUAACAAUGAACAAACUGUUACUAUUGAUUGCAAAGUUGGAUACACAUCUGAAACUAAGACUAUAAAAUGUAAGGAUGGAGAAUGGCAAACACCGUUACCAGCUUGUAGACCGCAAGGCGUUCCAUGUGAUCCUCCACCUAAAGUUGAAAAUGCAAUUGUUAAAAUCCCGUAUAAAAAUAAAUAUAUAAAGGGAUUUGAAGUGAAUUAUGAAUGUCGCAAGUCCUUUGAAAUAGAGGGACAUAAAAAACUUACUUGUGAAAAUGGGAGUUGGACAACUCCACCACCAACAUGCAAACAGUACUGUGGUAAGCCUGAGGGCACAGGGAGGAGAAUGGAGAUUCCUGACCAAGUGCUGGAGAGAUACAAAAAUGGGAACCAAAUAGACUAUACAUGCAUUAGCCCAUACAAAGACCCCGGAGGAAAAGCAACUUGCAAGAAUGGAGAAUGGCACAUGCCAGUUGAGUGUAACGCAAGCUGUCCUGAUCCUCCUCCCAUUACUAAUGGAGAUUUCACAAAGGAAAAGAGAGAUGUUGAAGGUGUAAUUACAGAGGUGUCCUACCAAUGCAGCAGACAGUAUACACUGAGUUUCACAGGCAGCAUCAGAUGUCUGAAUGGAAAAUGGCCGAGUCCUCCAAAGUGUUUACGGCCUUGUGAGAUUUCCACUUUUGAUGCAGAGUACAAUCUACAGAAUUUACCCAAGAAAGAUUAUAGUGCGCACGGUGAAAAAAAGACUCUUCAUUGCAAAGAGGGAUAUUACCAUAAAUUGAAACGUUAUUCACCAUGGAAUAUAGAAGAAAUUGAGGUGAAGUGUGAUGAUGGAGAGUUACAGUAUGGAGAACACAUACCUAUAUGUAGCCAUCGUUAUUCAUAGGUAGAUGAUGAACAUAAUGGAGUCAUGAUGUUCCCUCCAUCAACUUCAAGAAUCCAUACAAAGCCGCCUUUUUAUGCAAGGAGAAGACCCAUUUGCUUUUGUGGUGUCUGUCGCUUGUUUAAUUUAGAUUUAGAAGAAAUGUGAGCCAUCCAGUAAUGGAAUACAUGUGUCUUUUCAACAUUUGACAUUGUAUCAUCAUUGAAACAAAAUAACCGUAUCUUUCAUAUCAUAUCAGUCUCAGCUUCACUAUAAUAACAGUACAGCUAUCUAAAGCUAGACUAAAAUGGUACAUUUGUUGUAUUAGUACAAAGUGAUGUGAUUGUGUGAAUAUCCUUCUAUCAAGUUUAUAAAUUGCCUGGCUGGGCUGAUGAGGCAGUGGAUUGCGCAGUCAGUUGGAACAGAGUAAAUAGGCAUUUUAACAUCAUAGAUUUAGCCGGUGGUAGCUUGUGGAAUAGGCACCGGCUGGAAUGCGGUCUUAACCAAUCAGCAUUCAGGAUUAGACCGACACGCUCUAUAAUGUGUGAAUAUUCUCCUGUAUCUCCCAGCUGUGUGAUUCAUUACCUCAAGGUGUAAUAUAAGUGAACAACUGUUAUGAUUGUAAUUGACCUUAUCAAGACAAUAAAGCUGUGGAAAAGAGAUGACACGUUGUCUCCAUGAGUCUUUACAAGGCUACAGUACAACAGAAUAAGAUUUACAGAUGUUAACCUAACAAAUGCACAUUAAAGCUGACAAACUAUUUCUCA